UAGCAUAAUGCGAACCUUUUCAGUUUUGAGUCAGUUUGGAAGUGCGAGAACUGAGAUGCUCGAGUUUUCAGGAUUAGUUGAUGACAUUGUUCAUUACACUGAACUUGAGCUUGUUCCUGCUGCUAUUGAUGCUGCCCUGCAGACCAUUGCUCACCUUUCUAUCUCCUCUGAAAUUCAAAAUUCCCUUUUGAAGGCUGGUGUACUGUGGUACCUUAUACCAUUGUUGCUCCAAUAUGAUUCGACGGCGGAGGAAUCAGAUAAGACAGAUGCACAUGGUGUUGGAACUAGCGGUCAAAUAGCAAAAAACACACAUGCUGUAAAAGCAUCUCAUGCCUUGUCAAGGCUUAGUGGUUUGGUUGACGAGGAGAUCCCGACACCCUACAUUCAGGCUGCAGUUGAUGCCCUUAGAGCUUUACUAACCAAUAAACUUGCAAGCAUGCUGAAAAAUAAAUUAGCAAAAGACCUCCUAUUCACAUUAAACUCAAACUUGGAGUCCCCUGAGUUACAUUUGCUAUACAUGGUGAGAAGACCACAGUGAUGUUCCCGGAAGUGCUUUAGUAUUGGUGUUCCG